AUGCAUUAUAUAGAAAUACUCUUGACCCUUUGGAUACUCACAUUUAGCAGGACCUCAGGACGUUGCAUUUCACGUGCUAACGUUAAUGUAGUUGAAGGAGAAUAUUUUCAUCUGAAACGUUGCCCUUGUACAUCUCAGAAUAAAACUGGUGCUGUGAAAUGGUAUAAAAACAGUGAUUCACUUGGAUCUGUUGAGAUAACCUCCAGUAGUUCACCCAGGAUUGUUUUACACAAUUGUACUUUAGAGUUUUGGCCACUUGAGCUAAGUGACAGUGGAAAUUACACACUCAAAAUGAGUGAUGAUUCUUAUGAAUGGAAAUUAAAUGUCCUCAGGAGAAGCAAUCACAGAUGCUAUUGUGAAAAUUUAGUAGAAACUGAAUUAGUGGAAAUUGGAGGUGCUUUAUCAAUAGACUGUGACAAGAUGUAUUUGUACAAUAAAAGCCUCAACAGCACAUCACUGUAUAAGGAUUGUGAAGUAAGUAAGAGUGGUGAUUCCUUUAUAAAGAAAGAAGCAGAGUUUAAAGAUCAAGGCUAUUAUACCUGCAUUUAUUUCCUCCUUCACAAUGGAAAACUAUUUAAUUUAACCAGAACCCGUAACAUAAAAAUAACUAAAGAUAUUUCUAUUCCACAUAUUUGGGGGCCAAAAACUGAGACUAUUGACGUGGAAUUAGGAAAAGAUGUACGGCUCAACUGCUCUGCUCCUGUGGCUGAUUUCAGUACGCUUGAAUGGAAAUAUGAAAGUUUACCUAAUGUUCAUGAAGAGAACUCAUCAAGGUAUCUGAGUCCAGAGGGUGUUUCAAAUCGUACAAUAAUAUUAAUAAUUAAAAAUGUUAAUGAAAAAAAUCUAAACACUACCUAUACAUGCUAUUUCAAAGACGGGGACAACAUGCUGACCAAAACCUUCAUCUUGGUGAAAAAAGCUAUGAUGGAUAUCCCAGAUCACGUCUUCACUAGAGGAAUGAUCAUAACUGUUUUUAUAUCAGUGGCAAUUGUGUGUCUGGUGAUCUUAGGUAUCGUUUAUAGAGUUGACUUGGUUCUAUUUUAUAGAAGUCUCACAAGAAGGGAUGAAACACUAGCAGAUGGAAAAGAGUAUGAUGCUUUUGUGUCUUACCUAAAAGAAUGUCAAACUGAGAAUGAAGAAGCACACUCCUUUGCUGUGGAGACUUUACCCAAGGUGUUGGAGAAACAUUUUGGGUAUAAGCUAUGCAUAUUUGAAAGGGAUGUAGUACCUGGAAAAGCUAUUGUUGAUGAAAUCCAAUCAUUGAUAGAAAAUAGUCGAAGACUAAUCAUUGUCCUAAGUAAAAGUUACAUAUCUAAUGAAGUCAGGUAUGAAUUAGAAAGUGGAAUUCAUGAAGCACUGGUAGAACGGAAAAUCAAAAUAAUUCUAAUUAUAUUUUCAUCGGUCAGUGACUUAACAUUCUUGCCACAAUCACUAGAGCUCUUGAAAUCUCACAGAGUUCUGAAGUGGAAGGCUGAUAAAUCUCUGAGUUACAAUUCAAGAUUCUGGAAGAAUCUUCUUUACCUGAUGCCUGCAAAGGCAGUCAAACCAUGCAAAGAUGAAGCAGAUUUUGUCCCUCUUAUUUCAUAAUCCAGAACUUCAGAGAAACUCAGUAUACAGAAA